GAAAAACCAAAAUGUAUAACAACUGAUCGGUUAUCGAGUAGCCGGCAGUAUAAAACUAAUAAAGCUUCUCAAUAAAAAUUUGAAUUGAUCAAUUAAUUUGGCUGUCUAAAAACGCUAUUGGAAAUCACAGAAUUGUGUCAAUAUGUAUACAAAAAUUCAUUGAAAGAGGGUAUGCCCUGUAUUGGUUACUUUUUAUUACGUGUAAUACUUUGGCUCAGGACCUCAGUAACAAUUUUAUUUUGGAAAGCAGGCAAAUUUUGGAAAAAUGUGGAGUACAAAUUCUCGUAAUUCGAUCGCAAUAGCAAUAUAAAAUGAAAGUGAUUUAAAAAUAGCAAUAUCGCUCAUGACUAAUACAAACGCCGUAGUCAUGUGCUCAAAACGAAACCGUUUUCCUUUUUGUUUUUGUGUUUUUUUUUUUUUAAAUCAAUUGAAGAAUUUCCAUACCUUCCAAGCUGUUGGUAAGCAAGACUUUUUCGAAACACUAUUCUCAUUGUCUUUGAUAGUCCGCAGAGCAGUAUGAACACAUCUAGCACUACACGAUAUAAAAUAUUUGAUGGUUUUCGAAGCGUGUUCGUUGGAUUAAUCAUGCUUUCAAAGUCCAAUAAUAUUUUUUGUUUACAAAUUUGGUGAUUCAUCGUAUUUAUUAUGUACAUAUGUAUGUAUAUUCUAGCGCCAAACCGUCACUCAAGCAAAAACUUAAUUAAUUUCAAUACACUCAUACACAUACACAUAUAUGGAGAGAACUGGGGUUCAAUUCAGCGUCGCUGAAGCGUCGGAGCAUAUGACGUUUUUUGACAUUUUUAUCAUUUACAAACCGCUAUAGAACUUGAUAUAAAAUGCCGAUUCUGCACAUCCCAAUAAUCAGUUGAAAUCAAUAGUUUAUGAGCCAAGCUUCGAAUAUGAGGACUAACCUUGGAUAUUUUGUUGUGAUUUGUGUUUUGGGGUGCUAUGCCAGUGCCGAGGAUAAAAGUGUGGAUUGCACUAAGCCGCCACCUUUCGUACCACUGCACAUGUGCUGCCACGUGCCUGACCUUAGUACCAUAGCGCUGAAGGAACAAUGUGCUGAAUUUGCCAAACCGCCGACACCACCACCGAUGGGACGUGGCGGUCCAGCAAAGGUUGAUCAGUCACAUCCAACGCAUAUGCAUGAACUACAUCUACAUCCCUGCCUGAUCGAGUGCAUUUUCAAUAAAACCGAAGUGUUUGGCGAGAAUGGUGAACCCGAUGUUGACAAAUUUAGCACGUUGGUCGACACAACCGUUAAGGAUAAUAAGGAAUUGGCCACCAGUAUGAAAGAAUCAUUCGGGACUUGCGCUAAGAAAAUGAUCGUUUUGAAAGCGAAUAUUGCCGAAGAGAAGAGUAAAAAUCCGGAAUAUGCCGAAAAGAUGGCUAAACAAAACAUGCAAAUGGGAUGUUCGCCCUUCGGUGCCAUUCUAAUGGAUUGUGUUAAUAUGGAGACAUUCAAAAAUUGUCCCGUUUCUGCUUGGAAUGAUAGUACGGAAUGUAAUGCGGUGCGUGACUUUAUCAAGGAGUGUGAGCAUGUUUAAAUUAACGAAGUUCUUUGAUUAAGAAUUAUUGUCGGAGAGUUUUGGAGAAAGGCGAUAGCAAAUUAUUGCAAUAUUAUUAACAGAAAUUUAAUUUAUUAACCGUAUAUAUGAAAUAAAAUCGUUAU